UAUAAAUGUAGUCAUUUUGAAAACCAAGGAUUGAACAGAAUGUUUCUUAUUUGCAUUAUUUGUGUGUUUAAUGUACAUGUUUUGGCAGCUGCAGUUGAAAGUGCUGAUGUUGACAUUAUUUCCGAGCUAACAAUCAUGAAGGAACGGUUCCUGGAGCGAGAAAAGAUUUAUGAAAACAAACUAGCUGAAAUGGAGGACAGACUUCGUAAUGCUGAAGAAAACUCUAAAUCUCUUGAAAGUUUUUUUCAAUACAAGUUAGCCGAAGCUGAGAAAAGGCAGAAUUCUGUAGAGAAAUUCUUUGAAAAUAAGAUAGCUGAACUGGAACAUAAAUUGUAUGAAACUGCAUAUGGACAAACAGCUGAUACUAACGAUAAUGAAAAGCUUGCUGAAAAUAUUGACACUUUGUCUAUAACUGAAGAGAAAUUAAACGAUAAUGAAAUUGCCAGACAACUUGUUGGAUCCGGAACGGAACCUGCAAUGAAACCAUCCAAAAUGAACAGCAAAGAAAUCGACACUGAAGAACUCCUUACUACAGAUCAUGUGCCAAAAGAAGUGCCCUUGUUUCACAGAAAAACAAAUAAAGGAAAGCGUCUUCUUACACCUCCAACAAGACAUCAAGUUGCAUUUUCAUCCUACGUCUCUUCUACGGCGACGGAACUUGGCAAGUUCCAUACAAUACCGUUCGAUCAUGUCCUGCUCAACGAAGGCCAGUCGUUCGACACUACCUUACAUGCUUUCAUAUGUCCGGUGGAUGGAAUAUACAUGUUUCAGUCGUCUUUGCUCAGUAAUAAAGCGGACCAUAUAGAGACUGAAAUUGUGAUGGAUGGUUCUGUAUUGGCUCGCAUGUAUGCUUCUGGUGAUGAUCGAAUGUACCACGGAUUUGACCAAGGCUUCAACUCUGCCACUGUUCGGUGUAACAAGGGUGGAAGAGUAUGGAUAAGAGUCCGUUACCAUAAUGGAAAUGUCGUUUGGGCCGAGCAGUUUUCUACCUUUUCCGGCUACCUACUAUGGGAGAUUUAAAAUAAGAAAAACAGAAGAAAUAAAAAAAAAAUAGAAAUUUGAAGAGUUCAAAAUUCUUUGAAAACGUUUAAUUUAUCCGACACGUAUUUACAAACCUGUCAAAUGAGUUUUCUACAUGACUUUGUUUUGUUCUAAUAAAGGUAGUCAUUUUGAAAAAUAAAACA